UCAGCCUGCUAAUUCUUCACUGGGUACAGACAUUUCCACACGCUAGACUAUGGCAAAGAACACAGGGCUGAGAGAGUGAGGUCACACCUACAUACUGAAAGACGGUCCCCUCCUGUUUCCCAGUAAUAGUCUGAUACAGGCCACAAAUUCAUCUGUUGCAUGUGGACAACGAGACAGUUUAUGGAGAUUGGCAGUGUUUGUCAGAUAGAUCAAAACUUGCUUUUUCUGAGGCUGCUUUUUUGACCUAUAAAGGAUUACAGUUUAUUUUUGGACCUGGACUAUUGAAUAGGUCAAUAUGAUGUCAGACGAGUAUUUGGUGGAGUGUAAUAUUGAUGAUGAUGAUGAUGAUGAUGAUAAAGACGACGAUGAUGAUGAUGAUUAUUAUGUGAGGAAGAUCCACCCGACUCCACCUCCACCCCCACAGUUCUCCUCCACGCCGUCCCUCACUCAGGCUGAUAUCAGGGAUCCCUGUGGCGUUAACAAACACUUGAAGAUAGAGUUUAGCGACGUUUUGGCAGAGCCCGCGUCCACACACAGCUACGACCGCGUGUGGGUGUACAGCGGCAUCGCCUUCGAGUCCAUGCGGCUGUGGGGUUACCGCUGCCUGACAGCGCUGUGUGCGGUUCCCCUCUCUUGUAUCUGUGGUUGUCUCUUUGCCCUACUGGCCUGUAUGCACAUCUGGUGUGUGAUGCCCUGUGUUCAGGUGUUUCAUACCUGCCUGCCCUGUGUGAGGUCGCUGUGGAUGAGUGUGGUUAAUAUCUUCAUCACCCCAUUCUGCACAUCUGUGGCUCGCUGUUGCAGUGGCAUAUAUGUGGUGUUCUCCAAAGAGUGAUGAAACACAAGGAGGAAUUUGAAGAAGCUCGUCACACUUCUUUUUUUAUUUACAAAACAAAACAUGAAUCCUUGGAAUACUGAAUGGAUUAUUUGCAGCUUAAAGCUGUGUUGAAAUAACCAUGAGACAUUCAAAGAAGAGGAUAACAUGUUAUUAAAUUGAUUUUUAUUUAAUAACCUAUUAUAAUUCUUGACGUAACAAUUUCUGCAUAGAUUUGUCAUAUACGAAAUUACAAUAUAAGCUUUUUUUUCAUAGAAUCUGUUGAUAUGGUUUUUUUUUUUCUGAUAUUUGAUAUAAGGAACAACUGUCAUGUUGUCUGUUUUGACAGUUGCCGUGUCAUACAUGUAUUUGAUUAAAGAAAACACGUAGUCUGCAUCUUUAUACAUCCAAGCUGUAAGUUCUCAUAAUUACAGUCUUCAGUGUCACAUGAUCCUUCAGAAAUCAUUCUAAUAUGCUGAUUUGGUGCUCAAGAAACAUUUCUUAAACAUCAGUUGUGCUGCUUAAUAUUUUUCUGGAAUUUAUAACAUUUUCUUUUCAGGAAUUGAUUUUUUUUUUUAAUAUAUGUAAAAGUCUUUACUGUCAUUCUGAAUUAAUUUAACGAGUCCUUGCUGAAUAAAAGUAUUUAAAAAAUAAAUAAAUAACUGACCCCAAACCUGCAUAUUUAACAAAUAAAUUAU